AUGGACUCUAUAUUUAACAAGGCGAAAUGGUUUGGUAUUCCAACAUACGGUGGUCAUUUGGCAGUUUUCUGGACAAUAGUCAUGCUGGCAUUGCUGUCUGUAAUAGAAGUUGCAGCUUUAUGGAAAUUGGCCCGACUUCUGGCAAAAUCUGCUGGACUGGAGCACAUUCUAAGCAUGAUAUCAGCCACAGGUGUAGAUUGCCCUCCUGAAGAUUAUUUAGAGCGGUAUAUUUUAACAUCGCAUGGAUUUUUGAUACAUGAUUAUGAAUAUUCUUUGUGGCUGGCUAUACCAAUAUUUAUUAUAAGUAAAUCUGCAACCAUACUUUGGAACUUCCAAGAUCUUAUCAUAAUCCUUAUGAGCAUGGGUCUUUCAUCUCGCUAUCGCAGACUUAACAAUUUUGUCAGAGAAGUUGUAGAAUCCGAGAGCGAAGUCUUGGCUGAAAAGAAAGUAGGAAUGGAGAAUGUUUAUUAUUAUAAUGAGCUUUGA